AGGUUAGAGUUAGGGUUAGGGUUAGUAAAGUCAGUAAAGUUGAAGUGAUUCGACCACCCAUGCAGUCCUCAGGCUGUAAAAGUAAAGGCACUCUGAUGGUUUUCCCACUUCCUGCCUCAGUUCCCUGUUCUCAAAUGAAGGAAACACAAAAUCACAUCGCGGACACUGAUUUCCUCAUGUGUCCCUCACUCCAAUCUUAUCUCUGCUCCUUUUCGUGUGAGGAAACAGUUGCAUGUAAUAUAUACAAGACAUAAUGAGAGUAAGAGAGGGAUUGAAGGAGAAGGUAGGAGGGAUUUGAGGGCAGAUUGGAGGGGCGUUUGGCUCCCAGAUGCCCCUUCCCCUAUGUAUGUGUGUCUGUCUGUGUGCAUGUAUGUGUGCUGCUGUGCUUCGGUGAUGACUGUCAGCAGGCGGUGCCUCGGAGAGAGUGGAGAGCAGGGGGAGAUGUUUCCAAAGGGGGGCCCAGUCUGUUACCAAAGGGAGGUGGAGAUUUACUAUCCCACCCAGUCAAAGUGUUUCACUGGUGCUCUGACACACACAUAAACACAAUUUCACACACACUCACACGCACACACUCAGACAUACUGCAAACUCUCCACAGGAAACUCUGAGCCAUAAUGCGAAGGCACCUCAGAGCAGACGGGUGCAUUGCUCAAACCAAGUGGGAUCCGCUGCGGCUUUGAUAGUGCGUUAAUUACUCAUGUGAUGUGAUACAGAUGUCUGGGGGCUUCAGCUGAAAGUUUGCCUGACGCUUUCCAAGGGGGCCAGGCAGACAUUUUAGAAGAGGUAGGUGAAAACCAAACGUAUUUAUUAUUUAUGGAUGGAUCAGUUUGCGUGCUGUCACAGAUCCCAGCAGUGUCAUGCUGAUGCUAAACUGUGAUGCUACUUGAAGGGCUGGCUGCUAAAUAGUUCUUUGUGUACUUGGUGACAGCUGGGACUCUGAACAGGAACAACUCUGGGCUAUAAGAGUUGCCUGUGCUGUGACAGGAUGAAAAGGGCUUCACUCUGAAUGUGACAGUUUGAAACUUUAUCUGCUCUUUAGUUGGAGUUUAGUGGAAUGAAUUAUUGUGUUUGUCCUGAGAGUUUGUAAGGAGGCAGUUAAGGUGAGGAAAUGUGAUGUAUUUAUCACUGAGAACCAAAGGAUUCAAAGAGAAAUCAGAGGUUCGACUACAUCUUUUACUUUCCAGAUUUAAAUCUUUUUGCUUUGAGUCCUAAAAAUCAUCCCUGCAGCCUUUCUCUCGUGUAAAAUAAUCUCGCUGUCUUGAUACCACAUGUUUAAACCUUUCCAAAUUAGAACCAGAGGAAGAAUGCAAAACUGAGGAAACCAGAGGCUCUAUAUGAAAACAGCAUGUGGACGCACAAAGCCUCCCAGUGUAGAUGCAGCAUUAUUGAUACAAAGACAUAACUAAAGGCUCCGACUUCCAGAAAUGACAAACAAGAUGCCCAUUACACUCCGAUGAUGCCCCUUCAUUUGAUGUUUGACUGUAACCAGUGCUGGCACCACCAUCUGUGCCCCCUCUGUGAAACCUUUUUGAAGUCUUGAAGAGGUUGUUUUACCACCCCACAGCUUUUGAAAGGACGAUUUAACUUCUCUGCCUCUGAUGCGUUUGUUUCUCUUUUGUGACAUUGAACAAGAGGAAUAUUGAGGAAGACCUAAAAAAUAUAGAUGUUUGCCGUUAGUGUUUUGUGUGAAGGAUAACCAAAUCUUCCUUGUGUUGUUUUCUUCUCUCAUCAGUGAAAUAUCGGGACAGUCUUUCAAUCAGUGAAAUCAAAGCGCCAAAUGUGUUCCAUAAUGGGCACUCCAGCUGUGCAUAUGUUGCUGCUAAUGGCCUGUAUGGCAGCCAGAGGAAUGUGCCAGACAAACAGAGCCGAAGCAGAGGAGGGCUCCCUCGUCCACUCCACCCUCCACUCCCCGGCUUUCCACAGCACCACCAACCGUCCCAGCACAAGGACGGGCCUCUACCUGAGGGCUCGAGGGGCUGGUGCCAAGCCUGUUGUAUCUGGAAGUGGAGGAAAUCAAACCGUUGGAAGGAAAUCUCUUCCAAUGUGCCUUGAAAGGACAACUAUUAAUAACUACUUCAAGUACAUCAACACUGUAAUUUCCGUUGUGGUGUUUGUGGUUGGCCUGGUUGGAAAUGCCACCCUGCUGAGGAUUAUUAACCAACACAAGUGCAUGAGGAACGGGCCCAAUGCUCUCAUUGCCAGUCUGGCAUUAGGAGACCUUAUCUACAUUAUCAUUGGUAUACCCAUCACUGCAUACAAGGUAUGUUUUUUUUUUCCUUUUGAGUAGAGAUUUCUCAAAUGAAAGCAUCUGAACGACAGGUCAAUGUGUUGAUUAAAAGAAAUGCAGUGACAAAGGAGGUGAUGCAUGGAGAUAAAAUGGUAAAUCACUGACGGGAAAAGGAGAGAAGGGGGCUAGGGGAGUGUGCACAUAGACGGGAAAGAGUAAUCAGUUGGAUGCUGUUAUCAUCCUUGUGUGAGCAGAUUGGUGACGAGAGGAGUAGGGGGGUAUGGCGAGCUUAAAUAAACAAAGGAAUCAGGCUGGAGUCACACAUGCCAGCAGCUGCGUAUUGACCCAGGACAUUAGUCAUUAUCUCCUAUCCACAGACCUUAUUUUUUAUCUACAAAAAACUCAGUUCUUCACUGAGAACCCAUUAAUUAUAAUUGAUCCAAAUCCAAAGUGAGAUUUAAAAAGUUUGACUGAUAUUGUGGUAUAACUGGAAAUCUGAAAUUGUUCAUUCGAUAAAGAAAUAUAUUUUGUAUAUUUUGUGCAUGUGUAAAUUGUGUUUUAGACAGGAACGUUUUCGUCAAGAUAAUUAACAAUUUUCAUGUAAUAAGUUAUCUUUGGCCUCAUUGCUCUGUUUUGAGAGAUCCCUGUGCAAAUGGUAGCCUUAUUUUGGGGAGAGUACACUUCCCCUCUGUUUCAUGUGUAUACACAAAAAGCCAAGGCAGGGAGAGCAGCAGCAGAGACUAGCAGGGUACAGCCCAGAGAAAGAGUCAAUGGCAACCCAUAUAACACAAAUAAAAUCUGACACCUUAUGAAAAAGGAGGAGCUGGAAUAGAGGCGGUUUGUGAAGUGGUUUGUGGAGAAGGCAACAAGAUUGAGCAAAUCACAGCAUAUUGAAGCGUUCUGACUGGAUGUGUAGAAGGUAAGUGGGUGAGCUAUCAGCUGAUAAGGGCGUUUGAAGCAGCUCAUGUGCUGUGGACUAUGUCUGACUUUGCAGCCCUGCCUAAACAAAUGCUACCCAAUAUCAUUGAAAAGCUUUUGAAAAUCAUAAGGACAAAAUUCAAACAGGUUCACAAGAAAAUCACAUCAUCAUUUUUCAUAUGUAGACGAUACCCUGCUGUAUCUGAGGAAGACUGAUAAACUAGUUCUUCAGAGCUCAACAGAUUAUACGUAUAUUAUUCAACAGAUUGAUACAAAUACCCCCCAAGAGCAUCAACAGGAAAAGUCCCUACACCAUAUUUCCCACUGUCUUUAUGGCAAAAUGUGAUAAGACAACAAGAUGAGAUAUUUUUUUUUGUCAAGAACAAAGAUAGUUGAAAGUACAGUACUCUUUGGCCUCUGUCAAGUUGUGAAUAUUUUCUGGACAAAUGCCCUCACUUUCUAUUAUUUACUUGAGCCAAGAUUCAAGUACAUAGAUAUUUUCUCAAUCACAUGUGGUCGAAAUACCAAAAUUUCCCUGUUAAUCAGUCUUAAAGUAACUUUGCGUCUUCAUGUUUGUGGCAGAACUAAUGUGUUUACCUUUGCACCAUGAACUGAGCCUUUAAAAAAUGAGGCGUUUAAUGAUGAUAGAUUAUGCUCUGGGCUGCAGCCUUGGGUUGAUUAAUACCAGUAAAUAAUGUCCUGCUUUGCUUAAUAACUAAGAAUGAUGGCAGGAUAGAGCGAUCCAUCAACCACAUCUCUCCAGAGUAUUAUUGGACGCCAUUUUACCAAAGUAAAAAUGAGAAAGCCACUUGGUUAGAAUUAAUGUAGGACUUCGAUGGUGGAGCAACUUUGUAGUCUGAGCAACACAUGUGCAAAAGGAAACAAAAUCUGACUGGGGGGGGGAGUUAUACACAAACAAAGACAGAGCCACGUCUACAGUGUUGAGACCACGUUAAGGCCCCUUGUUUCACAUCCUCAGGGCCAUGACAGUUGUUUCCAAAAAUAAUCAGCUACUUAUACACCAAAGACAGUGACGUGGGCCUCUUUCCUCCGCUGCUUCUGGGAAACUUUAACAGCUUGAGUAAACAAUAGAGGGCCAGGAAGCACCAUAAAGUUGUUCCUUUUGCUUCAGCUUUUAGACACUCUUUCAGCUCAGGUUGUGUUAUAACGGAGGUAGCAUGUCAAGUCCACUAGGCUGGGAACAAAGAUCCCAAUUCACACGGCCUUGACUUGAUUUCCCAGAGGAAGUAAUAUGAUAAGCAUUUGUGGAAAUGGCUCUGCUUUAUAUGUAUUAGGAUGUUUUUAAUGUUUGCAGGAGAUGUUGAUGUUUUAUCAGCCAAUGAGCUCAAGUCUGUGUCUGUCUAAACUUGCUCUGGCAUUUAGAUGACGUUGAGAGGUCUUUGAUGUGUCUCAGUCUGCAUGAAAAUUGCCCUAAAUAGAUUCUUAUGUUGGUCAGAAAGAAGCCAGCAACAAAAGCAAGUGCAAAAAUCAAACCCCCAAAGACUUAUAAAACCAAUUAUUUACUUACACAGCCUGACAGUGUUUUCUUGACGGAUGACAGCGACUGUGAGAUAAGUCUUUCUCAGUUAAGUUGUUGUGUGUGUUUCUUUACCAGCUCCUGGCAGGAGGUUUUCCAUUUAAUGAAAGUCCUGUUGGCCUGUAUCUGUGUAAGCUGCUGCCCUUCCUGCAGAAAGCAUCAGUGGGAAUCACCGUUCUCAACCUGUGUGCCCUCAGCGUGGACAGGUCAGUGCUUUUACACUCCAUGAUAUGACUUUGUGAUAAAGCAUUGUGGUCUUUGAAAGCACACAGAACAGGCCCCAAAAGGAGUUACAGUAAAAAUCAAACCCUUGAAACUUUGCUCCUUCAGUAUAUUAAACAAGAGGUCUUUUCAUGCAUUAGUUUGACAUUUUGUUACUUUGUGUUUGAAAAAGUGCCAUAAGAACGAAUCUCAACCCACUUACAUUUACAUUUGAUUGAAUAUCACCAAACAUCGGAAGUCGAAGAGAUGAGCAGAUCAAGUCAGUAUUGGGUCGGUCCGUCAAAGACCAUAUCUAGACAUCAGUGUGACGUGCAAAAUAGGUUAUAAAUUUUGACGUCCAAAUUGGACCUUUUUUCAGACGUUGCUCUGACGUUUAAAAUUUGGACGUCAUCUGAAGACCAAAUCUAGACGUCGGCACAACGUGCAAAAUGGAUCCAAGAUUUGGACGUCAUUACUUGACGUCUUUUAGACAUUAAAAUGACGUCCACAUUUGUGCUUCAUUGUUGAAAAAAAUAUGUUAAAUAGAUGUCAUUUUGACGUCACAUUGUGCAGCUGACAUUCACUCUCCUGAAUGCCUUGUGAUUAACAAAUGCUCCUUUCUCUCGUAAAAGUUUUACUCAUGUUUUUAUCAUUCCACUGAAACCUAUAAAAGAAGCACUUUUCUGCUAAACUGGGACCCGUGAGGCAAAGGCAGAGAUCUUGGUUUGUGUGGAAGUUGUGGAGUAAACUUAUCGAACAAGGAAAGUGAAGCAGCUUUCAUCGGCAGCAGACGCUUGACAGUAAAAAAGGAAAAAAAAAUAAAAUAGGAUUAAAAUGAGGGCCACAAGCCAAGUGCGCCAGUUUUGUUUCUAAGUUGUUUCUCAAUUUAGUGCGCAAAGUCCAUGCCAAACCAGAUGUUUAAACUUUCUAGUUUGUACCUUAAGCUGUGUCAGCUUUGGUAGCACCAUGAAGGAUUCAUCGUAACUCGUAAAUAGCAUAGAAAAAAAUUAUGAUUUAACUUCCUGUGUCUAGUCACUGAAAAGCACUUUUCUCUAUGGAGUGUUGGUUACAGUACUUGUUUGUAUCCAGACAGGCUAACAGCUUGAAAAACGGCAGACGAUUCCUUUAAUUGGCUAACAUAAAAGGUUGUCCAUGAAAAUAUUCAUGAAAAUCUCUGUUUAUGGAAAAGCAAAAGUGGAAACAAUUCAAGGUGAAUUUACAAUUAUUAAGAACAGAAAGUAAACACAACAGUGCUGCUCUGAUUAUCUGCUCCUCCUCAAUUUCCCUGUUAUCUCAUCUUUCAAAAUGAUGUACCAUGACAGCCAGUCUUGUAAUAAUGAUAAUAAUAACACAUUUAAUUUAUGGACCCUUUUCAAAACACUUAAGGUCACCUUGAAGUAAAGUUAAAUAUGAAACUUUUUUUUAAUGUAAAAUGGAUCAGAGUACAUAACACCUCAUUUUAUUUAUGCUUUAUUUAUCAUUUUUAUUUUUGUUCGGGUUUUCUCUUCAGGUGAGGUUUGAGUUAAGGUCUUUCUUCCUCACCAGCACAUGUGAUUUAUUUUACAAUACACCAAAAAAACAAACCAAAACCACCUACUCAAAACUAGGGGUAAAUUUAAGAUGCUAGUUGUGCCUAACUGGACCUAAAAUGUAAGUAGUGUGUAAACUAAAUUGCAUUUGAACUUGUACAAAGCUGCUGCAUCCUGGAGCAGAUGCUUCAUUGGAAGAAAAAACAGCCUAUAAAAUGUACAAGAUGCUAUUUCAUAGUCGGAAACAGAUACUGUUACAUAACAGUAAAAGCAGUGGUCGAAUCGGCUGAAGAACAUAGACCCAGAAAACAAAUUUGUAUAUUGAUGCAGUUUCAGAUCAUCAGCAUGAAGGUGUGUUUAGUGGAGCUGAUGAUGAUGAUCUCUUUCAGGAAGGGUCAAUACUGAUUUUACAUCCUUACCAGGAAGUCAUUUAUCUAUAAGCUCUUGAGUUCGUCGAGUCAGUGCUGAAAACUUUCUGGAUGUACUUCUUUAAUGGAAACAUUAAGAGUUAUUUAUUUUAUAUACAGCAUUACAAGAUACAAGAUAUAUGCACCGUAUAACAUAUGUACUGUUAAUAUCAAAAGCUCUAAUAUCUUAUAUAACAGUACCUUAAUAGAAAUUCCCCGAUGAAUAAAUGAUGAUUAUGAAGUGCAGAAGCUGAGUGUCCUCUUACUUCAUGCACUGCAGACAAAACUUAAGAGAUAAGAGCCUCCGUAGCUCCAAGGUUCAACCAGGCAGACAUAUUUAAUGACCACUAUUAUGAGAAAAAGACUGCAGGGCUGUGCAGUUGUGUUCAGGAGCAGAUGUUUGUGUGUGUGUAUUAUUGAAGGACUUGAGACUCUUUUGUAUCUUUUCAAUGUUGGAGGAAGAGAAAAAGGUGGCUACAUUACCACUUAGUAAAAUAUAAAUGCCGCCAUGUUGUUGAACAGAGAAAUUCAAAUGUGUCAUGAAAAAUAUAUUGUUUUUGCCAUAAAAUCUUGAUGCAGGAUUUUACUAAAACAUUUCGACAAGUGGUUUCCAUUAAUGAAACAAACAAGCAAACAAGGAUUCAGUGCAUGCUGGGAAACACGAGCCAACAGACAGAUAGACCCCUCUGCCAACAUGGGCCGCUCUGUUUGGAGGCUUCACAAAAAUAUAAAUAUUAGAUAUUUAAAAUAAACAAUUGAUCAUCUCUCCUCAUCAAUUCUUAACCUUUUGAUAUUCUUUGCUGACUGAGCAGUUUGUUGUGUUUGGUGUGCUGCCAUGCAUAGAGGAAAUUUGUUGUUAGCUUUGUCAGUCAGGAGAGACAGUGAAAAUAAUGACUCUGAUGAUAUCUUUUGAAAGAGGGAACUCAAGCAGCCGAACUGCUGAAGCCUCUAUGUCGGUUAUUAAACCGCAUUUUGUUUUCAUAUCUUGGUAAUUGUAUAUUUUUUCACUUUAUAAAAUUUCCUUGUUUGCCAUCCCAAGAGGAUAAGAUAUCACUUCUGCUGCAGUAACUCACUGUCCCCCUGGCAACAACAAUUCAAUUUAAUGAAUCAGUUUUAUUAUUUAAUACAGUGAAAAUGUGAAAUCAGUUCAAAUGCUAUCUAAAACAAAUAAUAGAUGGAUAAGACAGUCAAAAAUAAUCUAAGAUGAUCAAACUAAUGAUGCACAAAAAUAGGAGAAAAAAUGAAUGUCUAUGGUAAAAAAAAAUGACAUUGGCAUUGUUGUAAACCCGACUGUGAACGUGUGUAGAGAUUGCAUGAUACAGGGCUAGUCAGUUUACAUCCACCAGGUAUUGGCAUCUUACCUUCCAAGUACGCUGCUGUAAUCCUUGGUCUUCUACAUCAUAAAAAAUGUGCUGUCAUGUAUGGUAGACAUACAGAUUUUGUCAUUUGUUAUAUGUCUGUCUAAUCUACACUGUGGCACAUGGUGUUCUUUCGGUGCCAAUGCUAGCUGCAGCUAAUGCUACUUCAUACAGAAUUUCUUCACUACAUCUCUGUUGUGAUGAUUAAUUUCCAGGUAAUUUCUAAGGUCAAAACACUUGCAGCAGUUUUGCAGAUUUCAAUGGCGUUGUCCACCUCAAACAAUGAAAAACAUCCACACAGCUGACACUGUGUUUAUAUUUUGGCUCCUUCUCUUUUUCUCUGAAUGUAAGGAUGGAUCGCAUACCUCCAGCUACUGUGAACGUGAGCUUGAUAAUGAGUAACUAAAAACUACUUUUAAGGGUUGUUUGAAUUUAUUAACAGAAUAAACAGACAAAAAUCCAAACUCAAAAACCACCUGUUCAGAUUAGCACACUCCUUAUAAUUUACCAUUUGUUUUAUUGUUUCAUACAUUGUUUCAUACUUUAUUUUUUUUUUUUACCUAUUUUGUUUUGUUUUCUCCAUUGUUUUUAUCCUGCUGUUUUUACUCUGUAAAGUGUCCUUGAGUGUCCAGAAGUGAAAUAUAUUAAUAUCAUUAUUAUAAAAUAUUUUCUGUAAUGGACUGAUAAUCCAUCUACACAAUAUAUUGUACAUCAUUAAAAAACAAAUAUUUAAAACAAGCAAAAAGAGAAGAGGGGAGAAAGCAGAGUUAAAGGGAGUGUAAUUCUCAGGUCUUACAGAUAGUGAUAGAGAGCCCAAUCUAAUUUAGAGUUACUGUGAAGAACUUUUAGUUUGAGUUGAUUUUGGUGACCCCGUGAACUAAGGUAACCCUAAUCUUUUCGUUUAUCUCACCAAGGGCAAGUUCAGUGAAGUAUUUUCUACAUAAAACUCGUACUUUUCCUGUAAACUGUCAAACAUUUCCUGGAAUUUUAGAUAUGGACUCUUAUUCGACUUAUCUAUCUAGUUAUUUAUCUAACCAGUGUUCAUUUCAGUCUGUUUAAUGAGCAGCAAAAAAAAAUCCUCAUUGUGUGUUUAUGUCUGUGUUGUUGGUGAGGGAGUCUUGAAGGAACUGGCAGGGGUCAGUGUAGGAGGUUUAGGAGUGAGGGUAAAUGUUUGAUACCUGAACUCAGCUGCAGAUAGAAAGAGGGUAUUCAGAGAGAGGGUCAGGUGAGCUUGGUCAAGAGUCGAAUCCACUUGAAUAUUCUCUAAUGCAUCUCUUGUUUUUGCCCCUCACAGGUACAGGGCUGUUGCAUCUUGGAGCAGGGUUCAAGGCGUGGGCAUCCCUCUCCUCACAGUCAUUGAGAUUCUGUCCAUCUGGGUGCUGUCACUCAUCCUUGCAGUGCCUGAGGCCAUCGGCUUCGACAUGGUCGAAUUCAACUACGCGAACCAAACCAUCCACACUUGCAUGCUCAACCCUAAGACUGACUUCAUGAAGGUAAGCUGUCAUCCUCUCUUUAUCUGUUUGAGAUUAGAAAAUACUGUGUCGUGUUUUUAUGUCCCAGGGUUUGUUGUUCUUAGUCUAGGAUGUGCUGUGCAAUGGUACACAGUGUGAAGAUACUCUAAUGGAUAGGUCGAUUUUUGCAUUGAGACAUAACACGACCAGACCAAUGAGAUAAGAAGCCCAGCUGCAUAGCGAUUACUGAAAGUGAAAGUACAAGAUCAGCUUCAAAUUCCACACUAUCUUAAGAGGAUUUAUGUGUGUUGUUUUUAUGGUCAGGUGAUUUAUUUUUGACUGUGAAGGAUUUCCAAUGUGGGAACUGAUGCUUCAUUGUCCAUUCAAAUUAACCUUUAAGCCACAAAAUGAGUAUCUGAUAUCAUAACUAUUUAGAGUGGAGUAACCCUUUAAUAAUACACCUCCUUUACUUACUUAGCCUUUUCUUUUUUUACGACCUCAGGGCUUAUAACUGAUUGCAGGCAGAGUGCAAUUACCAAGACUCAAGAUUUGGUUGCUCAAGCUGAGCUUUGUGCUCAAAACUGGCGUAAUCUUCCUCAGAUAUACACAAUACCAGGGUGACCAUACGUCCUCUUUUACCCGGACAUGUCCUCUUUUUUGGGGGCUGUCCGUGCUUGUCCAGCCUUGUCCAUAUGUCCCUGGUUUUGUACGAGAGUUUCGAUUUUGUGUUAUGUUGACUUACUGAGUUAGAAGCACAAAAAAGACACUCCAUCCGACCCAAAAAACUCUCAAAAUUAACUUUGUGCGACUCUGUGACUCCGCCCACAUGUAGUCGCGUCCUCUUAUUGUGAAGUCAGAAUAUGGUCACCCUACACAAUACAAUACUUGGACUCUUUCUCCAAUAAAAUUAGGACUGAAAAUGUCAUUUCCAUCUGUGAAUGAGUCCCAACAUUUGUGGCAACAUUCUGCCAAAGUUCAACAUGAAUUUGAAAACUUUCAAUGUGUUUUUAUUUCUCUUAGUUUCAAUAUGAAACAGAGGUCAUGAAAAUGUUCAUGAUUUCGAAAUUGUGGAAAAUCAAGUGAGAACACUUAAAACAUUUGGCACAACCACAGAAAGCCGGAUGCACCACAAGUGGCUUUUGUCAAACUUGUUGCACUUCAGAGAGACACAUGUGGGCCUCACAUGGAUCCCAUGAUCUGGAGUGCAGGGACAGUCUGGAGGUGGUCUUUGUCUCAUUAAGGUUCAGUUAUACAGUUAUAGAUAAGCUGCGUUCAAGUGCUUGUUGCUUAGAGAAUGUUUGUCACAAACAUUAAUGGAAAAGCAUACAACUUUUCUCUUAUAGGCAACCAAUGAAUCAUCCAUUUCUUCAUGCACUUAUGUCAAUGAAGUAUAUUUAUUCUUUUAACUGUGCUUGUACUCUUUAGUUCUACACAAACAUCAAGGACUGGUGGCUGUUUGGCUUCUACUUCUGUGUACCUCUAGCCUGUAGUGCCAUCUUCUACACAUUGAUGACCUGUGAGAUGCUCAACCACAGAAAAGGCAGCCUGCGUAUAGCACUCAGUGAGCACCUCAAACAGGUAAGUCUGACUUACAGUGAAAGAAUUAACCCUUUAACUCUCGUGAACACCCAUCAUUUAAGCUUUUUAUUUCACUAAACGCACAUAAAUGUCUGUGAUUUGUGAACAUUUGCAACUUUUUGAGGACUGUGGUUUUAAACUCUUAUCUUCCAGUAUUCAAACUUCUUAAUCUCCUUUUAAGCGGUGGGCUAACAUCUUACCUUUCUUUUGCAGAGGAGAGAAGUGGCUAAAGCUGUCUUCUGCCUCGUCCUCAUCUUCGCUCUCUGUUGGUUUCCGCUGCACCUCAGCAGGAUCCUUAAAAAGACUGUUUAUGAUAAGACUGAUAAGAUGCGCUGUGAGCUGCUCAGGUGAGGCUAAUGGAAAUACUAAUGGUCUUUGAAUUACAAACCCAAUCGAAGAACAGUUGCUAGCAUUACUGGAUUCCUCCGUGCAUGGUACAGUUUUUAACAAACAUGUGUUGAUGCAGUGACAAUCAAGGAUUUUAAGCCCAUGCAGUGAUUUCCGCCAGAGUCGUGUCUGUUUUUAAUGCGGGCCUUAAGUAUUUGUUUUCAGACUUUUCCCUUCAGUGCAGACUCUCUGGAUGAAAUCCCCAAAGUCUUUGCAAUUUUAUGCCAAAGAACUUUAUUAUGAACUUGUUAAACUGUUUCCUACGCAGUUUCUCACAGAAUGGUUUCCUGUUCCCAUCUUCACUUCAAAGUGACUCAGUUUCUCUGGAAAGGCAUUUUUAUAUUUAUACUGAGUCAUGUUCAUAAUUGGUUACAGAAACCUCUUCAAAGAGUUUUCUAGAAAUGUUGAACCAGGUCUUUUUUUUUAAGUUUUUAAAUAAGUGGACUAAGCUGAUUUCCUGUGAAGUCAGCAGCAUUAAAUGGUUCAAAACGGAUUGUUUUUCUCAUUACUUUCAGUUUCCUGUUGGUUCUGGAUUAUCUCGGUUUCAACCUUGCAACGAUCAACUCCUGCAUAAACCCCAUCAUUCUCUACUUUGUCAGCAAGAAGUUCAAAAACUGCUUCAAGGUACAGCAGCUCCCAACAACAGAUGGAUAUUAAUGAAUGCAACACAACCCAAACACUCACUCUUAAUCCCCUUCCCACUAAACACUCACACAUACACACUCUUGAGACUCAGUCUGGCCAGUAAAGAAAACAGUGAACUCAGGCUUUUAUCACUGCGAACAACACGUAAAAGCAGCUCAGUGAUGUAUGUAUACACUCUGUAUAGCAGAGGUCAAACAAUGUCAACGUCUGUCAGAGGGAACCGGGCUUGAGAUAAACCAGGUCUCAAGUUCACACGUUAAAGAGUUGGUAGAAGAGUUGGUCUGCAAAUACAAGACAUUGACACCAUAUUCACGUCUGUUAGACAAGUACAAAAAAGCGCAGACGAGAUUUUAAAAGAAAAGUUAAAUGACUUGUUAACUAUGACAGCAUAUUAGGGCCACAUUAAAAAAAAAGACUUUGUAAUUAUUUACAAGAAUAAAGUCAUAAUAAAAUAAUUAUUUACGAGAAUAAAGUUGUAAUAAAAUAAUUAUUUACGAGAAUAAAGUCGUAAUAAAAUCAUUACUUAUGAGAAUAAAGUCCUGAAGUUAAUGAAGUCUCAAAGCUGGAGGAGGAUAUGGCUGGAACUGGUCAGCUGCAGAGUUAUCUGAAGGUGCAUCAGUGGGUCAUUCAGAGCGCUUUUGUGGUUUCUCAAGAAACAAUCCAACUGAUGAUCAACAUUUGCGAUUCAGUGGGAGUCGAACUCCGACGAGCGCCGUGUCUGUCUCUGAUGCCGGCACAACACCGGCAGCAACCUACACCUGCAGAGGCACCAACACCGUAUGGUGUAUAGAUUCAUACGAUAAACUAAAGCCAUAUGCUGUUGCUGUUGCUAUAAACGGCUGCAUUGAGGGAUUUCGCCUCUGCACAGCCAUUUCCAGCCAUUUCCCCCUCCUCAAAAACAGCGAUUCCCUACAAGUCCACCUGUUUCUUUCUGCGGAAAAGAUGCAUUUCUUGAAUAUGUCCUGAUAUUUACAACAAUGUGAUGCUGAAACACCAAAGGAUUUAGUAUCUCCUAGUUUGUGAAACCUAGCUACUGAAGUUUAGUUCAUCGAAAUACUCCACAGCGCUCAUUUAAACAACUAACAACAGGUUAGAAUAUCUAUUAGCUACGACUUUAUUCUCAUAAGAAAUUAUCUUACUACGACUUUAUUAUCUUUAGUAAUGACUUUAUUAUGAUUUUAUUCUUUUAUUACCACUUUAUUCUUGUAAGUAAUUCUGAGUAAUAAUAAUUGUUUUUCUUUUCUUAAUGUGGCCCUAAUGCUCCGCCGUAGUUAACAGUGGUAAAAACCACCACUGGAAAAAGGUUAAGAACUGCCCCAGCUGCAUUAUCCAAAUAAUGUUCAUUACUGCUACACCAGAAAAAGAACUGAAUUUACCAGAAUAUGAAGCUAACCCUGUCAAUUUUCUCCUCUUUGGUUUUCUUGCAUGUUUUUCCAGUCAUGUUUAUGCUGCUGGUGUUACUCUGACAACCAGCUGAGCAGCAUUGGCCCCAUGAAUGGAACCAGUAUCCAGUGUAAGAGCCCGGAACCCAACAACCUGAAUACUGACCGCAGUAUCAGAAAAGACAGCGAUUGAUUUCUCAACUGGGGAACACCUGAAUAUUUCAAGCACUCCAAUAAACGCAGUCUACGCUCAUUUUAAAAUAAAAUACACCAAAAAGAUCAUUAAUUCACACCCUAAGGACCACUGAAGCAUCAUAUGAGCCCGGCAGUGAUGUCAGGAGUCAAAAACAAGGGAUUUGGUUCACAAUGCUCCGGAGUUACCAAGGCCUCUCAGCAGGCAAAACUUCCUUGUACUCUUGCCAAUGACACUUAACGCUGUAGCGUGAGAGAAGAAAGGGGAGAGCUGAAUGAGGAGGACUACUCUUUAACAGGAUGCAGCUGAACAGUGACUAUAAAUUACCCCCAAUCAGUAGCUGAGCAUGCUAUUCCUGUAAAGGGCAACACUCCUGGGAAGGAUGCACAGAGCUACAGGAAGGAAAAGCAAACUGCUUGCUGUCAGAGGGAAUAGUGGAAGAUGAGUAUGUUCUGUCCUCAAGAGUUCACUUUUCAUUGUUGGUGGAAAACAGGAAAGUAUGUUACAGACCUAAGCCAGGGUUAGGUUUCCCAUCAGACAUGCUAGCCUGUGUACGGCGUAUUUUAAUCGCACUUACUAUAGCCUACUAAAACUUCUUUAUGGUAUGAUGAGGAGAUAAAUUUGUAGUUUUUCCUUCUGUUCAACACAAACUUUCUCUGAUUCGUCAGAGAAACUGGUAAACUGACAGUUAAACUUUACAUCUAAGAACCUAGCAAUCUUUUGUAGAUGAUCCACAAACUUCUUGUUAGUUAUCCAUAAAUGAAAAAUCUCAUAAAAGAAUAAUGUUCAGUGUCAGAAUAAGACAAAUUGCGCUGGUGCAAAGCCAAGUAAAAGGUAGUAGGUUCAAAAACAGAUGGGGCUCAGUUUUGUGUUAUCAUGUCGUUAUGUUAGGAAAGUUCUGAAUUAUGACAGGUCUGAUAUCAAGUUAGACCAAAAACUGUGAAGUUUAAUCAACACGGAUUGUGACUUAACUGCUUGUAUAACCAAUGAAAUAUCCAUAUAUAUAUAUAGAGUCCACUUUUAUAAAGUGUUUUAUUGCGGUUGUAGUAAGUAUUUUACUCAGGCUACAUCACAUGUGUAAGACUGAGUUUUAAUGUUGGUUUAUACUCCAAAUAUAGAAUUUAUACCUGCUACCUGGAGCCCAUCUACAGCUUUUCAAUUCAUCAUGAUUAAGAAAAUUACUGCACAAUCAGUAGCUAAGUAGCAGCUGUCUGUAAUUGAGCAUCAUAAACCAAUAACAAGAUUUAAUUUUCCAUUCUUGAUGCAAGCAGCGAAUGUCUGCUGGCAGUAAACUUCUAUUUCAGAGCAAGAGAAGCAAUUGAGAGCUGUGUCCAAAAGUAUGAUUAACUAUUGUUUUUAUGCAGAGAUCGUAGUCAGCUACCAAACAACUAUACUGUCUUCUGCUAUAUGACAUGUAAAUAGAAGUAAACCUGUGUGAGACUGAUGUGUUCUAUCAUACGUGUUAGCGCUGUGUGUAUAUUUAAUUGCACUUCUUUGGAUGGAGUGUUUUGCACACUUGUGUACAGAAGAACAGGCCAUAUCUGUACAGUAUCAUGUAACCACUAUACAACUGAGCUAUUUCAAGUAAUCUGUUGAAAUUCAUAUCUUUUUUGUAAUUGUUUUACCAUGAUAAUGCUGCUGCUUGAACCAAUAAAUCAAUUCCAUCUCCAA